GCCAUUUUAAUCAUUCACGCCAACGGAGAGAAGGUGUCGGCGUGGAAGAGGAGUGUAUGUGUCUGUAUCGGUGUUGUGGCUCAGGCAAGGAUACUGCGGUUUCUCACAAUUCUGUUGGAUGAGCUACUGUGGAGUACUGGGGAGAGCAUGGAUACGCCGCAACAAAAGGGAGCGACGAGACGGAAAGUUUGAAGGAAAGGCUGGCGCAAUUUCAUUGACCCGGAGUCCCGGAGAUCAGAACUGAGAAGCGAUAUGUUCCUCAUAAAGUGGGAUUUGUUGUUUGUUGUUUUUGCGCUGUGGAAACUAAUCUCUCAGACGAAUGGUUACACUGUACACAUAAACGAAGAUGCGGGGCCGGGGACAGUCCUCUCAAGUCUGGAACAGAGCGGGGCUUGCACUUUGGACCAGGUAAUUGCUCCGAAAUUCACAAAACCCUUCAUUCAAACUGAUGCGACGGCGGGCAUUGUGUCAGUUUCAGGGGAAUUGCAUUGUGACUUGUUUCUUUCAAACCCUUUCUCUGUGUAUACGGUUUCGGACUGUGUGACUCAAGCACCCGGUUUCAGGCACCUUUUAACUACUCAAUACGAUGUGCAUGUGCACGGCAGGAACUGUGUAAACAAACACAAGCAUAAAACGAAAUGGGACCUUGAUGUUAUAAGUUUGUUAAAUGUCAACAACCACCAGAGCGAGUGCUUCGAGGCUGACUCGUAUCUUUUCUCUGUGUGGGAUCUGCUGCCCGAAUCUAUGAUCCCCAACAAUGUGCACUGCAAUGUUACUGGGAGCUCAAUAUUCUACAUUUCAAAUGGACAACUGUUUGUUUCACGUGCGCAAUGUUUUAAACGGGAAAGUUUGGUGGAGUUUGACCUGCGCUGUAAGGGCGCCGCCGAAAGCGUGGGGAAGCGGAGGCACGAUAACACCCAUGACAUCUCCGUGCACUGGCGCGUGGGUCACGGCUCUUUCAGACACGGCUAUCUGGAGAAGUUGCUCAAGAGAGCGGCUCAGUCCGACUCGGGUAUCGUGAGCAGGAGGAAAAGGAAUGUCAACAGUAGCCCUCAGUUCCAGCCACCCAUGUACCAGGUGUCUGUGCCAGAAAACAUGCCAGCUGGCACUCCCGUGAUUGUUUUGAAAGCUGUGGACUCUGACGAGGGGGAGGCAGGCCGACUGGACUACUUCAUCGAGGCCCUCUUCGACAGCCGCUCCAACAACCUAUUUGCCGUGGACCCUGUCAGCGGGGUCGUUUCCACCGUGGAGAUACUGGACCGGGAGACCAAGGACACCCACGUGUUCCGCGUCACCGCAGUGGACCAUGGCACACCAAGGCGCACGGGCAUGGCCACCCUCACCAUCACCGUCAGUGACACCAACGACCACGACCCCGUGUUCGAGCAGCAGGACUACAAGGAGAGCGUGAGGGAGAACCUGGAGAUCGGCUACGAGGUGCUGACGGUCCGUGCCACUGACGGAGACGCCCCCAUGAACGGCAACAUUCUCUACCGCGUCAUCAACAGCAACGGCACCAACGACGUGUUCGAGAUCGACUCGCGCUCGGGCGUCAUCCGCACCAAGGGCCGCGUGGACCGCGAGACGGUGGACGCCUACACGCUGCUGGUGGAGGCCAACGACCAGGGCCAGGACCCAGGUCCUCGCAGCGCCACGGCCACCGUCCACAUCGUAGUGGAGGACGAGAACGACAACGCUCCGCAGUUCAGUGAGAAGCGCUACGUGGUGCAGGUGCCAGAAGACCUGGCGCCCAACACUGAAAUCCUGCAGCUGACCGCCACAGACCAGGACAAGGGCAGCAACGCCGUGGUCCACUUCAGCAUUAUGAGCGGCAACACCCGCGGCCAGUUCUACAUCGACGCCCAGAGCGGCAAGAUGGACCUGGUCAGCCACCUGGACUACGAGGCCAACAAGGAGUACACGCUGCGCAUCCGCGCCCAGGACGGAGGCCGCCCUCCCCUCUCCAACAUCAGCGGCGUGGUCACCGUGCAAGUCCUCGACAUCAACGACAACGCGCCCAUCUUCGUCAGCACCCCCUUCCAGGCCACCGUGCUGGAGAACGUCCCCAUUGGCUACUCGGUCAUCCACAUACAAGCGGUGGACGCCGAUUCCGGGGACAACUCGCGCCUGGAGUACCGGCUGGUGGACACCACGCCCAACUUCCCCUUCACCAUCAACAACAGCACGGGCUGGAUUGUGGUGGCGGCCGAGCUGGACCGGGAGAGUGUUGACUUCUACAACUUCGGCGUUGAAGCGCAGGACCACGGCACGCCCCUCAUGUCCUCCUCGGCCAGCAUCAGCAUGACCAUCCUGGACGUGAACGACAACAACCCCGAGUUCACGCAGAAGGCCUACUUCAUGCGUCUGAAUGAGGACGCCGCCGUGGGGACCAGCGUGGUGACCGUGUCGGCCGUGGACCAGGACAUCAACAGCGUGGUCACCUACCAGAUCACCAGCGGCAACACGCGCAACCGCUUCUCCAUCACCAGCCAGAGCGGCGGAGGCCUGGUCACACUGGCGCUGCCGCUGGACUACAAGCUGGAGCGCCAGUACGUGCUCACCAUCACCGCCUCGGAUGGCACGCUCUACGACACCGCCAAGGUCUACAUCAACGUGACAGACGCCAACACCCACAGGCCUGUGUUCCAGACCUCGCACUACACCGUCAACAUCAACGAGGACCGGCCCGUGGGCACCACAGUGGUGGUGAUCAGCGCCACGGACGAGGACACGGGGGAGAAUGCGCGCAUCACCUACUUCAUGGACGACAGCAUCCCGCAGUUCCACAUCGACCCGGACACGGGCGCCGUGUCGACCCAGAUGGAGCUGGACUAUGAGGACCAGCUGUCCUACACGCUGGCCAUCACGGCGCGGGACAACGGCAUCCCGCAGAAGUCCGACACCACCUACCUGGAGAUCCUGGUGAGCGACGUCAACGACAACUCGCCGCGCUUCCUGAGGGACCGCUACGCGGGCUCUGUGAUGGAGGACGUGCCCGUGUACACCAGCGUGGUCCAGGUGUCAGCCACCGACCGCGACUCGGGCCUCAACGGACGUGUCUUCUACACGUUCCAAGGCGGGGACGACGGAGACGGAGACUUCAUCAUCGAGUCCACCUCUGGCAUCGUGCGCACGCUGAGGCGCCUGGACCGUGAGAACAUGCCCACCUACAACCUGCAGGCCUUCGCCGUGGACAAGGGAGUGCCGGCGCUCAAGACGCCUGUGGACAUCCAGGUGACCAUCAUGGACGUCAACGACAACCCUCCCGUCUUCGAGAAGGACGAGUUCGACAUCAUGGUGGACGAGAACAGCCCCAUUGGCCUGGUGGUGGCCCACAUCUCCGCCUCCGACCCGGACGAGGGCAGCAACGCCCAGAUCAUGUACCAGAUCGUUGAAGGCAACAUCCCGGAGGUCUUCCAGCUGGACAUCUUCUCCGGGGAGCUCACGGCGCUCAUGGACCUGGAUUACGAGGUGCGCUCCGAGUACGUCAUCGUGGUCCAGGCCACCUCGGCUCCCCUCGUCAGCCGGGCCACCGUCCACAUCAAGCUGGUUGACAAGAACGACAACGUACCCGUGCUCAAGAACUUCCAGAUCAUCUUCAACAACUACGUGACGGACAAGUCCAACAGCUUCCCCACGGGAGUUAUCGGCCGCAUCCCGGCCUAUGACCCGGACGUGUCGGACCAGCUGCAGUACACCUUCGAGGCGGGCAACGAGCUGAACCUGGUGCUGCUGAACCAGAGCACCGGGGAGAUCCGACUGAGCAGAGACCUGGACAACAAUCGGCCCUUGGAGGCCUCCAUGAGGAUCGCCGUCUCAGACGGUGUCCACUCGGUGUCGGCCCAAUGCCUGCUACAGGUGACCAUCAUCACGGACGAGAUGCUCUCCAACAGCAUCACCCUGCGGCUGGCCAACACCUCGCAGGAGCGCUUCCUCUCGCUGCUGCUGGCCCAGUUCUUGGACGGCGUGGCCCGUGUGCUCUCCGCCUCGCGCGAGGACGUAGUGGUCUUCAACAUCCAGGACGACACGGACGUCAGCGCCAGCAUCCUCAACGUCAGCUUGUCGGUGGCCAUACCUGGCGACGGUAGUGGUAGUGGUAGUGGUGGUGGACGAGGAGUAGCCGGAGGACGUGGUGGUGGUGGAGGUGGGGGCCACGGCGGCAUGGAGUUCCUGGGCUCCGAGGAGCUGCAGGAGCGGCUGUACCUGAACCGCAGCCUGCUGGCGCGCAUCUCCUCGCAGGAGGUGCUGCCCUUCGACGACAACAUCUGCCUGCGCGAGCCCUGCGAGAACUACAUGAAGUGCGUGUCCGUGCUCAAGUUCGACAGCCUGGCGCCCUUCGUGGCCUCCGACACCAUCCUGUUCCGGCCCAUCCAGCCCAUCGCGGGCCUGCGCUGCCGCUGUCCGGCGGGCUUCACGGGGGACUACUGCGAGACCGAGGUGGACCUGUGCUACUCCAAGCCCUGCGGGCCGCACGGGAUAUGCCGCAGCCGGGAGGGCGGCUACACCUGCGAGUGCCUGGACGACUACACAGGGGAGCGAUGUGAGCUAUCCUCCAGGUCCGGUCGCUGUGCGCCGGGCGUGUGCAAGAACGGCGGCACGUGUGUGAACCUGCUGGUGGGCGGCUUCCGCUGCGAGUGUCCGAUGGGCGGCUUCGAGAAGCCCUACUGCGAGAUGACCACCCGCAACUUCCCCCCGCAGUCCUUCCUGACAUUCAAGGGCCUCCGCCAACGCUUCCACUUCACCCUCUCCCUCUCGUUUGCCACCAGGGAGCCUAACGGCCUGCUGCUGUACAAUGGCCGCUUCAACGAGAAGCAUGACUUCAUCGCCCUGGAGAUCAUCAACCAGCAGAUCCAGCUCACCUUCUCCGCAGGCGAGAGCAAGACCACGGUUUCUCCUUACAUCCAGGGCGGCGUCAGCGACGGACAGUGGCACGUCAUCCAGGUGCAUUACUACAACAAGCCUAUUCUGAACCAGGCUGGCCUCCCCCAGGGCCCAUCGGACCAGAAGGUUGUCGUGGUGACCGUGGAUAACUGUGACACAUCUGUGGCACUGAGGUUCGGUCAUGUGAUUGGGAACUACUCCUGCUCAGCCCAAGGCAGCCAAUCAGGAUCCAAGAAAUCUCUAGACCUGACAGGUCCCCUGCUCCUGGGUGGCGUCCCCACGCUGCCUGAGGACUUCCCCGUUCAGAGCCGGCAGUUCAUUGGCUGCAUGAAGGACCUGCGCAUCGACAACCGGCCAAUAGACAUGGCAGGCUUCAUUGCGAACAAUGGCACACUACCUGGCUGCUCGGCCAAGAGGCACUUCUGCAACACCAGCCCCUGCCUCAACGGAGGCACCUGUGUCAACCUCUGGGGUUCCUACAGCUGUGACUGCCCCCUAGGCUUUGGAGGACGCAACUGCGAGAAAGUGAUGCCAAACACCCAGCGUUUCCUGGGCAACAGCCUGUUGCUGUGGACUAAUCUGGCGGUGUCUGUGACAUUGCCGUGGCAGCUGGAACUCAUGUUCAGAACGCGGCAGCACAGCUCCACCCUGGUGCACCUGACAGCCGGGCAGCACCACAACCUCACAUUACAGGUAAGGGAGGGCAGGCUGCAGUUGCUGCUGCAGCGUGGGGAGGACUCUGGGCUGUCUCGUCUGGAUGACGCGGUGGUGAAUGAUGGGGACUGGCACCACGCCCAGGUGGAGCUGCGGGCAGCGGCGGGGGGCACGGCCGGGCGACACAGGCUGGUGCUCACCUACGACCACGGCCUCUACACGGCCAGUAUGGAAGUGGACAGUAAGCUGAAGGGAGCCAAGCUGAAGACUCUGAGUGUGGGUGGACUGGCUGGCAAUAAGGACCAAGUGCUGCAAGGAUUCAGAGGCUGCAUUCAGGGCCUGCGUAUUGGUGACAGUCCCAGCAGCAUGGUGGCCCUGAGUCUGUCCCAGGCCCGCCGCCUCAACGUGGAGUCGGGCUGCAACGUGCCGGACCCCUGCGCCUCCAACCCCUGCCCUGCCAGCAGCUACUGCAGCGACGACUGGGACUCCUAUUCAUGCACCUGCCACACGGGUUACUAUGGUACCAACUGUACGGACGGCUGUGCGCUGAACCCCUGCGAGCACCAAUCAACAUGCACCAGGAAGCCAAGCUCCUCCCACGGCUACGUCUGCGACUGCCCCAGCAGCUACUUUGGCCAGUACUGCGAGAAAAAGACUGAUCUGCCGUGCCCGAGGGGCUGGUGGGGUCAUAAGACGUGUGGCCCAUGUGACUGCCAGACAGACAAGGGCUUUGAUGCCGACUGCAACAAGACCAGCGGGGAAUGCCGCUGCAAGGAUAACCACUACCAGCCGGUGGGCAGUGACGUGUGCCUCCUGUGUGAGUGCUACCCCGUGGGCUCCUUCUCGCGUACGUGUGACCGGGAGAGUGGCCAGUGCCAGUGCAAGGCCGGCGUCAUCGGACGGCAGUGUGACCGAUGUGACAACCCCUUCGCGGAGGUCUCGGCCAAUGGCUGCGAAGUGAUCUAUGACAGUUGUCCCCAGGCCAUUGAGGCUGGCAUCUGGUGGCCCAGGACCAAGUUUGGCCUCCCUGCUGCAGUGCCCUGUCCCAAGGGCUCCGUCGGCACGGCCAUUCGUCACUGUGAUGAGCACAAGGGCUGGCUGCCUCCCAAUCUCUUCAACUGCACCUCCCUCACCUUCACCAAACUCAAGACUCUGGCGGACCGCUUGGUGCGUAACUCGUCCAUGCUGGAGUCGUCUGAGGUGCAGCGUGUUGCUAAGCAGCUGGCCAACGCCACCCUGCACACGCCGCACUACUACGGCAGCGACGUCAAGGUGGCCUACCGCCUCACCCAGAACCUGCUCCUGCACGAGAGCAGCCAGCAGGGAUUCAGCCUGGCCGCCACGCAGGACGUGCACUUUAACCAGAACCUGAUGCAGGUGGGCAGUGCCAUCCUGGGUGGUGAGACGCGUCCGCACUGGGAGCUGAUCCAGCAGACGGAGGGUGGCACGGCCGCCCUACUGCGCCACUAUGAGGACUACACCAACACCCUGGCACAGAACAUGAGGAAGACGUACCUCAGCCCCUUCACGAUAGUCACCCCUAACAUAGUCAUCUCCAUCGACCGUCUGGACAAGAUGAACUUUGCGGGUGCCAAGCUGCCUCGCUACCAGUCCCUCCGCGGGCCGCGCCCACUGGACCUGGAGACGGCCGUCACUCUGCCCGACUCGGUCUUCGAACCCGCCCCAGAGGGCAAAGGUCAACAGCACCACCACCGGCCGGCCGAGCCCCUGCCAGAGGUCAUCGGAGGGGUCAACAGGACUAAAGUCUCCAGCCGCAAGCGGCGCCAUCCGGACCAGCGGGAGGAGGACGCCAUCGCCAGCGUCAUCAUCUUCCACAGCCUGGCUGGCCUGCUGCCCCAACGCUACGACCCAGACAAGAGGAGCCUCAGGGUCCCCAAGCGUCCUGUGAUCAACACCCCGGUGGUGAGCAUCACGGUGCACGACAACGAGGAGCUGCUGCAGCACGCCCUCAACAAGCCCAUCACCGUGCAGUUCCGCCUCGUCACCACCGAGGAGCGCUCCAAACCCAUCUGCGUCUUCUGGAACCACUCCAUCGUGACGGGGUUGCCGGGGGGCAGUGGAGGCUGGUCGGCUAAGGGCUGUGACGUGGUGUUCCGCAACAGCACCCACAUCAGCUGCCAGUGCUACCACAUGACCAGCUUCGCAGUGCUCAUGGACAUCUCCCGACGAGAGAACGGUGAGAUCCUGCCGGUGCAGCUGGUGACGUGGUGUACGGUGGGCGUGACGCUGGGCUUCCUGCUGCUCACGCUCCUCUUCCUGGCCUGCCUGAGAGCCGCCCAUAGCAACCGCACCAGCAUCCUUAGCAACGCGGCCGCCGCGCUCCUCAUCGCAGAGCUCACCUUCAUGCUGGGCAUCAACCAGGCCGACAACCCCUUCCUGUGUACGGUGAUUGCCAUCCUGCUGCACUUCUUCUACCUGUGUGCCUUCUCCUGGCUCUUCCUGGAGGGCCUGCAUGUGUACCGCAUGCUCACCGAGCUGCGAGACAUCAACUACGGCCCCAUGCGCUUCUACUACAUGAUCGGCUGGGGAGUGCCCGCCUUCAUUACAGGGCUGGCGGUGGGGCUGGACCCGGAGGGCUAUGGCAACCCUGACUUCUGCUGGCUCAGCAUCUACGACACCCUCAUCUGGAGCUUCGCAGGGCCCAUCGCCGUGGCCGUAUCUAUGAACAUCUUCCUGUACAUCCUGGCGUCCAAGGCAUCCUGCUCCAUGAGGCACCACAGCUUUGAGAAGAAGGAGCAGCCUGUGACGGGUCUGAGGACAGCGUGUGGUGUCCUUCUCCUGGUCACAGUGACAUGUCUGCUGGCCAUCCUCUCCGUCAACAGUGACAUGAUCAUCUUCCACUACCUCUUCGCUGGAUUCAACUGUGUGCAGGGUCCCUUCAUCUUCUUCUUCCGCGUGGUGUUCAAUAAGGAGGCUCGGGACGCUAUGAAGUACUGCUGUGGCCGCAAGAGGCCCGAUCACAUGAUCAAGUCAAAGCCCUCGUCGUAUAACUGCAAUGCGAGCUACAUGGACGGCCGGCUAUACCACCUGCCCUUCGGCGACUCCAGCGGCUCCCUGAACGGCACCCUCCACAGCGGCAAGAGCCAGCAGAGCUACGUGCCCUUCGUGCUCAGAGAGGAUGGCGGACUGGAUAACAGCCAGGCACACAUCGCGCUAAACGACCACAACUCCCUCUUUCACGAAACCAAAGAACGUGUGGAUGAUGAGGAUUCGGACUCUGACAGUGAUCUGUCUGAGUUGGAAGAUGACCAGAGUGGCUCCUAUGCGUCUACCCACUCCUCAGACAGUGAGGAUGAGGAUGGGCCCUACCCUGAGGAAGAGUGCUGGGAGAGCCUGGCCACCGGCGCGGCCAAACGUCCACACGGGGAGUAUGCUGGUGACACUGAAGGAGGCUCAGACAAACUGAAGGUCGAGACACUAAGUCAUCCCGAGGAUCGCUACGGAGUCGAGAAUUAUGGAAAGGACAACAUGCUCUUGCUACUACCCAGCAUCCCCAACCCCAACGCUCACCCACAGAAAGGCAUCCUGAAGAAGAAGCAGCUGUCCCCCAUAGCGGAGAGGAACGGCAUCAACCGCAUCCACAAUGAGCUGUCCGUCAGCGCCACAGGCCCCGCCUCAUCGCGAGGCUCCUCCUCCAGCGAGGGGGGCCGGGGGGGCAGCAGCGGUGGGGCGAGGGGGGGCACGACAAGUGGUGUGCCCGAGCAGCUCAACGGGGUGGCCCUCAGCAUCAAGGCUAAGGGAGGCAAUAUGGAGGACGACUCCUCAGGAUCAGAGGCUUUGUCAGUGCACAGUCGCACAAAGUCGCCUUUUACUUAACCUAAGUAGGGGCGCUUUUCUGUUGUU